AUGUCUGAGGAUAAAGAGAGCACAAUACGCGUCGGGCGUGCCCCCGAGAGGAGCUUCUCGCUCCUCAGCUGCCUCGGGCUGGCGUUCACGACGCUGAACUCGUGGUGCGCCGUCGCGGCUUCGUUCCCCCUCGUCCUCCCGUCUGGCGGGUCUGUGUCCAUGGUGUGGGGCCUUGUGGUCUCCACGAUUGGAACGAUGGCGAUGGCCAUCAGCCUGGCCGAGAUCUGCCACGCUUUCCCAACAAGUGGAGGACAAUACGACUGGGCGUACAUGCUUGCACCACCCGCCCUCAGCCGGCCCCUCUCCUUCUUGACGGCCUGGAACGUGACGGCAGGCUGGGUUGCGUUAGGCGCAACGGCGGCCACUGUUGGCGCCCGCUUCAUCCUAGGCAUCGUCGCGCUGUGGAACGGAAGUGCACCGCGGGCAUGGCAGGUGUUCCUUAUCACACUCGCGUUUGUGCUGCACGCGGCGGUACUGAACAUCUUCGGCGCGCGGCUGCUGCCCCUCAUCAACCGAGUGAGCGGAGUGUGGAGUAUCCUUGGCAUCAUGGUUAUCGUCGUGACCGUGCUCGCUUGCAGCAGCGGCGAGUACCAACCUGCAGAUGAGGUGUUUGCGCGGUGGACAAAUGAGACCGGCUGGCCCGACGGAAUGGCGUUCAUCCUCGGUCUCCUCCAGUCCACUUUUGGACUCACGGCGUUUGACAGCGUCGCAUUCAUGGUCGACCACAUGCCGCGUCCGGCAAUCAACGCGCCCAAGACGAUGGUCAUCGCUGUUCUCCUUGGCGCAGUCACGAGCUGGGUAUACCUCAUCGCCCUCCUAUUCUGCAUCAAGGACCUGCGUGCAGUCAUGUCUUCCCCCACCGGUCCUCUGUUGCAGAUGUACUUCCAAGCGACGGGAUCGAAAGCUGGAUCGACGAUCCUCAUGAUCUUCAACCUCGGUGCGAUGCUCUUCGCUUCGCAAGGCCUCAUCACCGUUUCUUCCCGUCUUGUCCUCCGCUUCGCACGUGACCGUGGCCUCGGCGCGCUCUCCUCACCUCUCUCAACCAUCCACCCAGCACUAAAUGUCCCCCUAUUCGCAAUUCUCGCAGUGACGACCGCGGUCCUCGCCAUCGCGGCGAUCAAUCUCGGCUCAAGCAUCGCACUCAACGCAGUGCUGUCCGCCACGGUCGUACUCCUCCAGGUCUCGUACACUGUACCCAUCGCACUGCUGUUUAUGCGUGGCGGCAGUGUGCUCGGCGAUACCGAGCGGCGGUGGGCGCUCGGCCGCUGGCGCCGAAUCGUCAAUGGCGGCGCUCUCGUAUUCCUCCUCGUCACAACUGUCACGUUCUUAUUCCCGCCCAAGGUGCCCGUCCGCGGUGGGGACAGCAUGAACUGGGUGGUCGUCGUUGCGGGUGUGGUGUGGCUUGCGUGUGGCAUCACGUGGGCAGUCGACGGCCGACGACGCUUCCACGGACCCAGCGAGCUCGCCGAUCGACUCGCAGCUGCCAAGGCGGCAUAA